AUGCCCUUCACAAUCCAACCCCCAACCCCAGCCCACGCAAUCCUCACCUACCCAACCCCCCACGUCCUCCUCGUCACGUUAGACCGACCCCGCAAUCUGAACUGCAUAAACGCCCAAGGCCACGCAGACCUCCACGCAGUCUGGGAAUGGCUCGACGAAGAGCCAAGCAUGCGCGUGGGCAUUCUAAUUGGAAAGGGACGGGCGUUCUGCGCCGGCGCUGAUCUAAAAGAAUGGAACGACCGUACUUCAACGGCAACAACAACCUCUAACUCCACAACCCCACUACCGAACAGCGGGUUCGGCGGACUAGCGCGACGCAAGGGCAAGAAACCCGUGAUCUGCGCCGUGAACGGACUCUGUCUCGGCGGGGGCGCGGAGAUGAUCAUCAAUAGCGAUAUCGUGAUUGCGUCUUCGCGGGCGGUAUUCGGGUUGCCGGAGGUGAAGCGUGGGGUUGUUGCGCUUGCCGGGGCGUUACCGCGACUGGUUCGAACAGUCGGGAAACAGCGGGCUAUGGAGAUGGUUCUUACGGGACGGAUGGUUAGUGCUGUGGAGGCGGAAAAGUGGGGACUUGUUAAUUCUGUUGUUGAGGUUGGGGAGGAUGAGGAGGAGAUUGGUCGGGCUGUUUUGGAGAAGGCUUUGGGGGUUGCUAAGGAGAUUUCCGGGAAUAGUCCUGAUUCGGUGCUUGUUAGUCGUGAGGGGGUUAAGUUGGGGUGGGAAGGGAUUGGGGCGGAUGAGGCGACGGUGAUGUUGAAUGAUACUUGGGUUAAGAGGUUGUAUGAAGGGGAGAAUAUUAAGGAGGGACUUAAGGCUUUUGUGGAGAAGAGGAAGCCUGUUUGGGUUGAUAGUAAGUUGUAG